AUGGCGUCAAAUCUAUUCAGCCGCUUCACUCCGCCCUCUGGAACGGCUCGGUCCUUCUACGAAGAGCUGCGAGCCCAUGACGAAACCGGUGACGAUGGUGAUGGCAGUCGCGACUUAGAAGAGGGCAAUGGCCUCAACGUCGACGAAGAAAAUCUCCGACAUCAGUUUCACGGUCUCGGGGCCGAAGGGCUCAAUCCCGGCGAUAGCCGCAUGACCGUCGACAGCGCUACUGUGUACGGCGCUGACCAGCUGGGCAAGGCAACGAGAGAACAUCCCGUUCGGAGUGGAAACGCGGGGCACUGGUUUCCGCACGAAGAAGACCCCGACAACGACGUGCCGGAAUCACUGUUGGUCGAGCCCAACGAAGCUGCAACGGCGCGAAGAACGGAUGACGAGCGGUCCGACCGCCCAUCGCCGACACGAAACCCACACACAGCGAACCGUAGCGGGCGAUCACAGAUGCUGUGGGAUGCCGCGACUGCGCAGCAGCGUCUCCACCGAGAAGAUGGCUACCGCCGUGCGCCAGCUCAGCCCAGAAGGUCUGGCCCUGCCGCGUUUGCUGGCGGUAGGCGGGAAAGGGCGCUGUGGCGAUGGGUCAACACUUCGAACCUCGACAGCUUCAUGCGGGACGUGUACGACUACUAUGAAGGCGGCGGACUGCUGUGCAUUCUGUGUGCGAAUGCUCUGUGGCUUCUGGAAACGCUGUUCGUUGCAGUGCUGCUGACGUUCCUCAGCCAAUGUGUCGAUUACAGCAAGGUUCCUCACAGUAAAUCGUUAAGUCAAGUCGUGAUUCCGCAGUGCACGCGCAAUAUGUCCGGCGUGUGGAAUCUCGGCAUCUGGCUAUACUCCUUCUUUUUUAUCUGGAAGUCAGUACAGUACUUCUUCGAAAUCCGCCGGCUCAUCUACGUUCGCGAUUUCUACGUACACCUUCUGGAGAUACCUGAGCCGGAUAUGCAAACUGUUUCCUGGCAAGAUGUGGUCGCCAGGAUAAUGACCCUCCGGGACCAGAACCCCAAGACGGCCACAAACAUCCCUUCGAACCUGCGUCGAUAUAUUGGGAGCCAGUCCAAAGAGAGACUCGAUGCUCACGACAUAGCGAACCGAUUAAUGCGGAAGGACAACUAUCUCAUCGCGAUGAUAAACAAGGAUAUACUCAACUUGUCGCUCCCAUUGCCGUUUCUACGAGGAAGGCAGCUAUUUUCGAAGACGAUGGAGUGGUAUCUGCACUACGGUAUCUUGGACAUGGCUUUCAACGAGCGUGGCCAGGUCCGUCAGGACUUCCUUCGAGCUGAUCGAAGGGGCAUCCUCAGCCAGAAGCUGAAGCAAAGGCUGUACUUUGCUGGUUUUCUUAACCUCAUAUUCGCACCAGUCGUGCUCGCGUACGUGGUGAUAGUGUAUUUCUUCACGUACUAUCAUGAGUACCAAAAAGACCCGAAGCUGGCAACCGCACGGAAAUACACUGCUCUCGCUGAAUGGAAAUUUAGAGAGUUCAACGAGUUGCCUCACAUAUUUUAUGAGAGACUCCACAUGUCGUUCCCGUUUGCGACGCGGUACAUUGAUCAAUUUCCAAAGCGCAUGACGGAGGAGAUCGCCAGAAGCAUCGCUUUCAUGUCCGGGGCGAUAAUGGCGGUAUUGGCCGUUUGCACAGUCCUCGACUCCGAGCUAUUCCUUGGCUUUGAAAUAACCAAGGAUAGGACGGUGCUCUUCUACCUGGGAGUGUUUGGGGGUAUCUGGGCCCUGACCAGAGGCAUGGUCUCGGAAGAGACGAGCGUCUUCAACCCAGAGUACGCUCUGCGGAACGUCAUCGAGUACACACAUUACAUGCCCGACCACUGGCGCGGUCGCCUGCACAGUUUCGAGGUGAAGCAAGAAUUCUCGGAAUUGUACAAGAUGAAGGUCGUGAUAUUCCUGGAGGAAGUGAUGGGCAUUAUUACAACGCCCAUGCUGCUACUCUUCUCGCUCCCGAAAUGUAGCGAGCAAAUUGUCGACUUCUUCCGCGAGUUCACCAUCCACGUGGACGGACUGGGGUACGUGUGUUCUUUUGCGGUCUUUGACUUCAGGAGAGGGGUUGGGAAUACCGGCCAGCAAGGCCCCGGACAGGACGUGCGGGAGGACUACUAUUCCACCAAGCACGGCAAGAUGGCCGCCUCAUACUAUGGAUUCCUCGACAACUACGUCAUUAAUCCGAAGACGGGUAUCCCCGGGCACAUGCCGCCAGUCACCCUGGCUGCUCUCGAACCCAAGGCCUUCGGCAGAGCUUCUGAAGCUGUGGCCGAAAUGGCCCAGCCAAGUGCCGAGCCGGUCGAGGACUAUGACUACGAAUCGCUCCCUCCCAACUUCUCCCUGCUCCAGAACAUGGCGGCGGGGGCCUUCGCUGGCAUUGCUGAGCACACUGCCAUGUAUCCCGUCGAUGCGAUAAAGACCCGAAUGCAAGUCCUCAAUCCCAACACGACAACGGCAUACACAGGCGUUCUGCGCAGCACCUAUCAAAUAGCAUCGGGCGAGGGCUUCUUUAGCUUGUGGCGAGGCAUGUCCAGUGUCAUCGUUGGAGCCGGCCCAGCACACGCUGUCUACUUUGCUACGUACGAAGCUGUCAAGCACGCCAUGGGAGGCAACCAGGCGGGAGUUCAUCAUCCUCUGGCAGCGGCUACCAGCGGAGCUGCCGCAACCAUCGCCAGCGAUGCCUUUAUGAAUCCUUUCGAUGUCAUCAAGCAGCGCAUGCAGAUUCAAAAUUCGAGCAAAAUGUACCGGUCGAUGGUCGACUGCGCCAAGUAUGUCUACAAAAAUGAGGGCAUUGGCGCUUUUUAUAUCUCGUAUCCGACCACGCUUUCCAUGACCGUACCCUUCACCGCACUCCAGUUCUUGGCCUAUGAGUCCAUCUCGACUGCCAUGAACCCGCAGAAGAAUUACGACCCCAUGACUCACUGUCUGGCUGGAGCUGUCGCAGGAGGCUUUGCCGCUGGUCUCACAACGCCGAUGGAUGUAAUCAAGACGAUAUUACAGACCAAGGGCACGUCUUCGGACCCUCAGGUCCGGAAUGUCAACAGCUUUCUCGGCGGCUGCCAGCUUCUGUACCGGCGGGAGGGCUUCCGUGGCUUCUUCAAGGGUGUUCGUCCCCGGGUCGUCACAACCAUGCCCAGCACAGCCAUCUGCUGGUCGGCAUAUGAGUUUUCAAAGGCGUACUUCAUCAAGCGCAAUGACACGCUGUGA